UCUCGGCCACCGUACGCAUGUGUCCAAACGCUGUGCUAUGGCGGAUAUAAACGGCGCUUCUAUUCGUGAGUCGUUUAAAAAUACUGUAUAUUUAGAAAUGUUAAAUGAGCCAGCUGCUGCGCGUUGCGGGCAUAACCACUGUUUAAAAUGCAUUAAAUUAUGCGCCGAGGAUGUGGAUGAAGCGAAGGAGUAUAGUUGCACUGAGUGUAACGAGACUUUCAGCACGAGGUCUACCCGGCGCGGGAAUCCGAUAGUCGCGGAAGUUUUUGACGGAAUAAAGAGGAGACGGCUGGGACCCUUGGAAGAAGGCUGCGCCGGACCAGGGGAUGUGGAGUGUGAUUUUUGUACCGGGAGAAAACUGCGCGCUUCGCGGUCGUGCCUGACUUGCCUCGUUUCAUACUGUGAAGCGCACGUCCAGCCCCAUUACAGAGGGGGUCCGUGGAAGAACCACAAACUGGUAGACCCAAUUAGAAACCUGCAAGAUAAGCUCUGUCAGAAACACAAUAGAGUAACGGAAUUGUAUUGUAGAACUGAUAAAGAAUACGUGUGCUGUCUAUGUGUGGAGAUCCAGCACAAAAACCAUGUUACACUCACGGUCGAGGCCGAAAGGACAGAGAAACAGAUCCAACUGGAAGAGAAUCUGACAGAAAACCAUAGCAAAAUCCAGGAAAGGAGGAAGAAAUUAGAUGAGACAAAGCAAGUCAUUCUUCAGCUUAAGGCUUCUUCAGAAAGGGAAAUACAAGAAUAUGAAAAAGUCCUAGCAGAACUGAGCAACUCCCUUGAGAAGGUGAUUGAGCUUUUUCGAGAUAAAGAGAAGAGGGAAGUAGAAAAGGCAGAGGAUUUCAUCAAGCGCAUAGAAGAUGAGAUCAAAGACCUUGAAAAGAGUAACCGAGAGAUGAGUGAUCUUACAAAGGCAGAUGACCACAUCAGCUUUCUUCAGAGUUUUAGUGCUCUUUCUAUACCUCGUUGUGAUGAUGAAGCCUCACUCAAUAUUUCUCUGUCUACUGAAUUGUCUAUUGAAUUUCUGAGAAAGGAAUUGUUGAACCUUAAAGAGCAUCUGGAAGCAAUUUGCAUAGAUCAUUUUGCACAGCCUGCUGCAACAGGUAAAGAGAAUGUUGUAAUACCAGAUCAGCAGAUUUCGGAGCCUAAGGAUGAAGUGGAUACUUCACAAUUGAGUGAUGCUCAGAUGUCUAACCAAGAAGAAUCGGAACCGGAGCCAGUGAGCAUAGAAGAAAGUGUAAUGUCAAGUGAUACUCAGAAGUCUAUCAAUGAGGAAUUUCCACCGGUCAACAAAUCUGAGUGUGUACUGACUCAGAAGAAGGAGAUCAUCGUUCUGGAAGAGAUCAACAAGCAUAAUUAUGUGAAGAAAAAUAUUGGACAAUUCUCAUAUAGAUCAGUGAUUGACACUUCAUUGUUAAUUGAACAGUCUUCACAGCCAAUGGACAGAGAUGCCCUUAUACAAUACUACAGUCAUCUCAUGUUGGACCCAAAUACUGCCCACAGAAACCUCUGGCUGUCUGAGAACAACAGAGGAGCCACAUACAACAGAUUGCCCAAGUUCUGCAAUUAUCACCCUGAAAGAUUUAACAAGUGUGUCCAAGUCCUUUGCAACGAGAGCCUGUAUGGCGGUCAGUUUUACUGGGAGGUUCAAUGGACUGGAAGAUUGGCUGUGAUGGGAGUCACGUAUAAAGGAAUCAGCAGGAAAGGAAAAGGUGAUGAAUGUCAUCUUGGGCUCAAUGAUAAGUCCUGGUGUCUGAAUUGCUCUCUUUCAAGUUACUCUGUUUGGCAUGAUAACAAAAAGACUGAAUUAAGCAUCCCUCAAAGCCACCGAAUUGGUAUUUAUCUAGACUGUGUAUCGGGCAUCCUGUCAUUCUAUAGUGUGUCAAACACAGUGACCCACCUACACAGUUUCAAGGCCUCCUUUACUGGACCACUCUAUCCUGGGUUUAAGCUUCAGUAUAUUGACUCCAGUGUAACUCUUUGUCAGCUGAAUCACUGAUGUCGCGUUUCAGACCAAAGUGUUGCAUGUAGACCGUUUUCAGUGCAGAGGUGUAAAAACCCAAAUGGGAGCAUAGCUUCCCUGACUAUGCUUACCUUUCUCUUCACAAAGUGGGAUGAUAAGACUGAUUUAAAAGAGAAACAUAGCUAAGAGUAAAAUUGCAAACCUAAACUUCAACUUUUGUUGCUUCUAAGACAUUCUUAGUUCUCCAAAAUAAUCUUGCAGAUGUCUGCACUAAAGGUCAUCCAGAGUAAGGUGGAGCUCCAAAAACUGAAAUUACAUCCCUGAAUUCAUAAUGGUUUAAUUCAAAGUUAGCAAUUCAUUUUUUAAUGGGAAAGAGAGGAGUUGCAGUGGUUCAAUUUUUUUUUUUUUUUUUUAAAUAUUGGGUGGUUGUUCUUGUUAAAGUUGCCCUUAUUCCUGGGGAGAAAAAUCUGAAAUUUCUUCACCGUUGUCAACAUUUUGUGUUUUUAUCUAAAAGAAAAAAAAGAUUCAAGGAGUGUCUUCUGGUAAUACAUUUUUAAGAGAGAAUUGACCAAAGUCGAACGCUGUGAUCCUUACUGAACGGUUUAUAUAAUUAACUUCACCACUAUACCUGAAGGUUUUCAUUUAUGUAACCGGUAAGCUGCAUUACUAUGCAAUCAAUUCUGAAUAAUAUUAAAGCCAUCAAACCACA